UUAUAAUUUUAUUCAAAUAGUACAAUUUUGAUUAUUUAUGAUGGAAUGUUCGGAAAAGUAUUCCAAGUUUCAAAAGCACCGGCAUCAUCUAAAGCUAAACUGAUUGCUCUAGUCAAAAUGGCUGAUACACUUUCUUUUAACUUUGAAAUAAUAUCAUAAUUAUCUAGUAUUUUUAUACUAUCCACUGUCACAAAAGAAAUUGGAAAGAAUAAUAAAUAUCUCAAUAAUUGUAUUUUAAUCCUGAUAAUGAAAUUAUAAUGAAAAAUUCCAAGUUUUAUCUUGAAAUCCUACAGCACAUUUGACUUGCGUAGUAAUUUCAAUGUAAAAUAGAUCCUAAAUAUUUUUCAAUAUCACCCUUUGAAUUUAUUUUUAAACUUGCAAUCGUCUUCUAAACUGAAUUUUUUCAUUUACAUGAGAUAGUAAGCUGGUUAUCUAGACUGGGAUAACCAUUAUAAUUUUUUUGCUAAAUCAUUUGAAAUAACGAUGCUAGCCAGUCUCGUGUGCCGCCAACUCAGCCUGAAGCCUCUUCCUCCUCUUGCGGUUCAGGUUCAUUCACUUGCAAACCAAGCGGCGAGAGUGUCUCCUCAGGUGUGUCAACGAUCAAUAUUUAGAGAAUAUUCCAAGAAAAUGGCCCGAUCAAAGGUUUUCUUUGACAUGACUGUGGAUGAUUCUCCCGUUGGAAGAAUCGUCAUCGAACUGAGACCGGAUGUGGUUCCGAAGACGGCGGAGAACUUCCGCGCUCUGUGCACCGGCGAGAAGGGCUUUGGCUACAAGGGCUGCACCUUCCACCGCAUCAUCCCCAACUUCAUGUGCCAGGGCGGCGACUUCACCAAGCACAAUGGCACCGGCGGCAAGUCCAUCUACGGCAACAAGUUCGAGGACGAGAACUUCACGCUCAAGCACACUGGACCAGGUGUGAUGUCGAUGGCGAAUGCCGGGCCGAACAGCAACGGCAGUCAGUUCUUCAUCACAACAGUGAAGACGCCCUGGCUGGAUAACAAACACGUGGUCUUUGGCGCCGUCGUCGAGGGCAUGGAUGUCGUCAAGAAGCUCGAGUCCUACGGAUCGCAAAGUGGAAAGACCACCAGCAAAAUUGUCAUCGGCAACUGCGGUCAACUCUAGAUCAAUCAAACAAUUUUAUUUCUCACGUGAAAAACAAACCUUGUCAAUCAUAUUUUUACUUGAUGUAACACUAUCGAUCAAAAUAAUUUCAUACUCCAUUCCAACUUAUUUUAUAGAUUGGCUGUAAGUAAAGUGCGCUAGACAAAUAGACAGGUAUUAAUAGUUCUUGUAAACUAGACUGAAGAAUUUCAAAUUGUUGUUGGCUGUUGUCAUCUGAAUUAGUUGCUGUAAUGCUGGUCAUUCGCUGCCAAAUUUAGUGAUUAUUAGCUAGCUGUAUAAGAGCUCACAUGUGUGUGGUAAUAUUUUUGUGCAAGGUUAGUCGUUUAUUUUUCACUAGAGUAAUAUCAAUAUUGUUUCUACUUGAUGCUCUCUCUGAGUUGAAGAGACCACAAAAACUUACGUGUUAUGGUGAUCGAUCAAAGUAACAAUGCAUUUAGCGUUAAAUCCCUUAGCUCUUUUUUUAGGCCGUUUUCUUGUUAUUAUCUAAUAUAAUUUUUGUGAAAUAAAUAUUUGAAGUAAUGUGGCAAGGAG